UCUGCAGCCGGAGCGGCUUCGCCUGAGGCGGCGGCUGAGGCGGCCGAAGCGGCGCCGGGGGUCGUGGUCGCCGGCCCUGCGGCGGCCCGCUGUCAGUCUGCUCCCGUCCCGGGCCGGCGGGCGAUGGUGCGGCGGAGCGCGCGGACGCGGGCGGCGCGGCGGCGGGCAUGAGGGAGGAUGGAAGGGCAAGAUGAGGUGUCGGCGCGGGAGCAGCACUUCCACAGCCAAGUGCGGGAGUCCACGAUAUGUUUCCUUCUUUUUGCCGUUCUCUACGUUGUUUCCUACUUCAUCAUUACCAGAUACAAGAGAAAAUCAGAUGAACAAGAAGAUGAAGACGCCAUAGUCAACAGGAUUUCGUUGUGUUUGAGCACGUUCACGCUGGCGGUGUCGGCCGGGGCGGUUUUGCUUUUACCCUUCUCCAUAAUCAGCAACGAGAUCCUGCUCUCCUUUCCUCACAACUACUACAUUCAGUGGCUGAAUGGCUCCCUGAUUCAUGGUCUGUGGAAUCUUGCUUCCCUCUUUUCCAACCUCUGUUUAUUUGUGCUGAUGCCCUUUGCCUUUUUCUUCCUGGAAUCAGAGGGUUUUGCUGGCCUGAAAAAGGGAAUCCGAGCCCGAAUUUUAGAGACUCUGGUCAUGCUUAUUCUUCUCGCGUUGCUUAUUCUUGGGAUAGUGUGGGUCGCCUCCGCGCUCAUUGACAAUGACGCUGCCAGCAUGGAGUCUUUGUAUGAUCUCUGGGAGUUCUACCUACCCUAUUUAUAUUCCUGUAUAUCUUUGAUGGGAUGUUUGUUACUUCUCUUGUGCACCCCCGUCGGCCUCUCCCGCAUGUUCACAGUGAUGGGGCAGUUGCUGGUGAAGCCAACGAUUCUUGAAGACCUGGAUGAACAAAUUUAUAUUAUUACCCUGGAAGAGGAAGCACUCCAGAGACGACUAAAUGGACUGUCUUCAUCAGUGGAAUGCAAUAUAAUGGAGUUGGAACAAGAACUUGAAAAUGUGAAGACCCUUAAGACAAAAUUAGAGAGGCGAAAAAAAGCUUCAGCAUGGGAAAGAAAUUUGGUGUAUCCCGCUGUUAUGGUUCUCCUCCUUAUUGAAACAUUCAUCUCGGUCCUCCUGGUGGCCUGUAAUAUUCUUUGCCUGUUGGUUGAUGAAACAGCCAUGCCAAAGGGAACAAGGGGCCCUGGGAUAGGAAAUGCUUCUCUGUCUGCUUUCGGUUUUGUGGGAGCUGCACUUGAGAUCAUUUUGAUUUUCUAUCUUAUGGUGUCCUCUGUCGUCGGUUUCUAUAGCCUCCGGUUUUUCGGAAACUUUAUUCCCAAGAAGGAUGACACAACUAUGACAAAGAUCAUUGGGAAUUGUGUGUCCAUCUUGGUCUUGAGCUCCGCCCUGCCUGUGAUGUCAAGAACACUGGCCCCUGUUCAGAGGUCUUCAGAUCUUGCGUGCGUAUGUGGACAUAGCGGGUGCCUCCGCGGGAGUUGUGAAGUCCUCACCUGGGUUACCUGGAUCCUAACUCUUUGGUCAGCGUUCUUGUUUCUUCUGUUGACUCCUGACUUCUGUGUGCUGUCCAGUGGGAAUUAAAAGAGGAAAAGGUUUCGAGAUCAUUUCCUGUACUGGAACUCAGUCAUCUGGCUGCAUAAGCUUCACUUAUCAGACACGUCAAGGGAUUCAGAGACAUCAAAGCCGUCUGCAAACGGGCAUCACAAAGCACUGUGAGAACGCGCAGCGCUCUGCCACUGACCCGGGAGCCCCCGGCUCCCGACCGACCGCCCCGUCGGUCAGAAAUGACUCGCCCCGGCGGUGCCUCCCGGUGAGCGCCCGGGCCCGGCGGCGCCACCGCUUUCACAGUCUCCUAAGAACUCGGCCGCCACAGGCCACGUGUCCGUUUAACUCCGUGCGGACCCCCUACUCGCCGGCCAGACAGGCUCCUCGGGGCGGCACGUUCUUCUGUGGACGCGGGUGCUGGCGGCGGUUGGUACAGUCACCCAGACGAGCAUGUUUUGAGGCCAACUCCGGGGCUUUCUAAGAACUCAGUUAAAUCCCAUUAUAUACUUUGUUCAGGACGGAGAAGGCCGCGAGAAAGGCAUCCUUGGUGCUUGGCUGUGAAGUGAAGGCCCUGCAGACACGCAGGCUUACGGCUGCCCCCGUUGGGUGGCGCAUGGGGACGCAGCGCUUGCAGAUGAGGUUUCUCCCCUCCUUAGGGAAAAGGACAGAAGCAUAUAGUUCCGGGUUUUGUUUCAGGGUGAUAGCGAUUGGCCUUUGAGUCCAGGGAGGAAGGCGAAAUUCUUGUAAAACCCGAUCCGUGGGAGGACACGUGGGAACGCCUGCCACCGCGCGGUGUGGUCAGCUCGGCCGGAAGUAGUACGUGGUCACCGUUCUCCGACGUCUCACGUGUAUGCGACUCAGUAUUACCUCUCGUAACAUAGUUGCCGGUGUUGAAUACACUUGUAACUUAGAUUUUGCCUUAUAGGCUAUGUGUACACUCGGUUUUUUAAAGCAUUUCUUCAGAUAUCUCUCAGUUCCUUGUUCUCCUGUGUCCCGUUAUGAAACUACAAAUCAUCUGUGGUAGAAACCCCGCUGUCACCACACUCUUCAGGCUUUGGUUCCUUUCGUAUAUGCCGAUUUAAACCUCAGAUUUAUAAAAGUUACCAGGUUACCACCCAGAUGCACAAUAUCAGCAUUCAUGAUGUAAGAAUAGCUCUACGAUGUAUCGUGAUCAGAUAAUCAUUCAGUUACUGAAUUGUAAAUAAUUCUUGGGAUGGCUUCUUGACUUUAAGUCCACUGAAUAAAACUAUAAAAUUGUACUCUGUGUUACGAGGCACUAGGAUAGGGUACUGAAAAUUGUGCAUGCAGACACGUGACACGAGCCCCUUUGCACACAAUUCAUAGUUAUGCAGUCUCCAGAAACACUUACGUUCACAUGCACUGUGUGUAUGGCAAUAGAUUGUCUGUGUUCAGACAAAAGUAAAAGAACAGUUUUCUCAAGUUGUUUUUUGGAGAAAUUUAUGAAAAUCCGGCUGUAUAUAUUUGACAUAAAAAAUUUCCAUUUAGAGCCAAAAUAAUAAGAAAAAUUAAUCUGUGUAUUCCUCAGUUCCAUUGAGUAUACCUCUCCUUUAUUUAUACCUCUGCAUUUCCUUCUGAGCUUCUCUGCUUGUUAAGAUGCAGCUUCGUUGUAAAAUAAAAGACCAUUUUGUGAUUCUAAACAACUCAGUAAAUACCACCAGUGUAGCAUUGGGAAUCUCUCAGCAUGAGACCUGCAUAGUGAGCAAAUGAACAGAAGAUGGCUAUUUCCUAAUUUCACUGAUAAUCACACCUAUUUAAACAUUAAUUGCAAGCUUUGAUUUUUACUGAAACUUGCUUGCAAUCCAUAUUUUGAACAGACCUGGUCAAGGAAAGAAGAGAAAAGAAAGUUCUUUCAGUAAAAGAACAUCACUUGUAACUUAACAUCCGUAGGAAGUUCCUGGGUGUUUGUAAGAUGUCUGAGAAUUUCUGAGUCAAAUAUUAAACUUUUCAAUGUCUGUAUCAA